AUGUCGGAGUCCAUGUCUUCGGCAAGCUCUUCGAGCUCGCGCUCGUCCUUCGACGGGCCCUCCACACCGCCCGACGCCGUGCGCUCGCUGCCCAACUCGAUCAAGGCGGCACGACAGGAGGGCGGCAUCGACGCCGAACUGCCGCUGUGGAAGAAGAGGCACACCUUCUUCCCGCUCGAGCGUCAAGAGCGCUACUCGGCUCCCACCGACAAGGGCUUUGUGGCGCCCGAGCUCACCGAGCUCAUCGCACCCAACAUCGAGUCGUUCAACGCGUUGUGGGCAGAGGACCCCUCGCUGGAUCCGCCAGCGUCCGCCGUAGGUGGCUUCUACAACGAGGGCGUCGGCCUUCUCGAAAAGAGUUUGCGUCGUCUGGCGCCGCGCAUUGUCUUCGACGGCCAGGGCGACGCCAAUGGCGGCCUCGGCAACCGCAUCACGUUGCGCAUGGACAGCGUCAACCUGUCCAAGCCGCUCGUCAACGACCGCGCCAAGGGCGUGCGCGAGCGCAGGGUAUUCCCCUCCGAGGCGCGCGAGCGUCUCUUCACCUACACGGGCAAGCUCACCGCGCGCCUCUGCUGGAGCGUCAACGGCGAUCCGGAGCAGAGCGAGAUCGUGGCGCUGGGCAACUGCCCCGUGCUGGUGCGCUCCAACCGCUGCAACCUGCGUGGCAUGUCGUCGCGCGAACUCGUCGCCCACCACGAGGAGGCCAACGAGUUUGGCGGCUACUACCUCGUCAACGGAAACGAGCGUCUGAUCCGCUACCUCAUCGUCGCCAAGGCCAACAGCCCGCAGGCGAUCGAGCGUCCGUCGUUUGAGAAGCGCGGUCCGAGCUACUCGAACAAGGCGAUCGUCAUCCGCUGCCUCCACCGCGACGACCUGAUCAGCGUCACCAACGCCGUGCACUACCUGCACAACGGCGGCCUCACGCUGCGAUUCAGCUGGCGCAAGCAAGAGUACAUGGUGCCGGUGGUGAUGGUGCUCAAGGCGCUCGUCGACGCCACGGACAAAGAGAUCUUUGCGUCGAUCGUCCAGGGCGACUUUGACAAUACCUUCCUGACCGACCGCGUCGAGCUGCUGCUGCGCAACUUCAAGCAGUACACGCUGUGGUCGGGCCACCAGUGCCUCGAGUACCUCGGCUCCAAGUUCCGCGUGGUGCUUGGCUGCCCAGAGGACUGGACCGACGCCCAGGUGGGCUCGGAGCUCAUCCACCGCAUCUUCCUCGUGCACCUGGACAGUCCGCGCGAAAAGUACAAGAUGCUCAUCUUUAUGAUCCAGAAGCUCUACUCGCUCGUCGCCGGCGAGUCGUGCGCCGACAACGCCGACUCGCCGCAGCACCACGAGAUCCUCAUGCCCGGCUUCCUCGUGGGCCAGAUCGUCAAGGAGCGCAUCGACGAGGCUGUCGGCAACAUCCGCGCCCAGAUCGCGCGCGACGUGCGCAUGAAGCUCAAGGGCGUCGACUUUUACGACGCGCGCUACAUCAAGAAGAGCGUCGCCAAGGUCAACAUCGACAUUGGCGUCAAGAUCGCCUCGUUCCUCGCCACCGGCAACCUGUCGUCGCCGUCAGGUCUCGACCUCCAGCAGACGUCCGGCUUCACCAUCAUGGCCGAGAAGCUCAACUUUGCGCGCUACCUCGCCCACUUCCGCUCGGUGCAUCGCGGCGCCUUCUUCGCCGAGCUCAAGACCACCUCGGUGCGAAAGCUGCUGCCCGAGGCGUGGGGCUUCCUCUGCCCCGUCCACACGCCCGACGGCUCGCCGUGCGGCUUGCUCAACCACUUUUCCCACACCUGCCGCAUGACCACCCGCCAGCCGGACGUCUCGCACCUCCAUGCGCUCCUCACCAGCCUCGGCAUGACCGAGGCCGCCUUCAGCGUCGGCGGCGGCAGCGCCCACGGCGCCAACAAGAACAACAUCGUCGUCCAGCUCGACGGCGCCAUCCUCGGAUACACCACCCCGGCGCUCGCCAAGCACAUCGCCACCGCACUCCGCAUCUGGAAGACCGAGGGCCUCCACAACGUCCCGCUCGACCUCGAAAUCGGAUUCGUCCCCACCUCCAAGUCAGGACAGUAUCCCGGCCUCUACCUCUUCUCCAACCGGUCACGCAUGAUCCGUCCCGUCCGCCUGCUCCACAACAACAAGAUCGACCUCGUCGGCCCCUACGAACAGGUCUACCUCGACAUCGCCUGCGACCCGUCGGAAAUCAUCCAGGGCGUCUCGUCGCACGUCGAGCUCGCCCCGACCUCGAUCCUCUCGGUGCUCGCCAACCUGACGCCCUUCUCGGAUUACAACCAGAGCCCGAGAAAUGUGUACCAGACGCAGAUGAUGAAGCAGACGAUGGGAACGGCGUCGACGGCGAUUUCGCGGAGGACGGACAACAAGCUGUACCGGAUCCAGAGCCCGCAGACGCCGGUGGUGCGACCGGAGCUGUACAACAAGUACGGAUUCGACGACUAUCCGAACGGGACGAAUGCGAUUGUGGCGGUGAUUUCGUAUACGGGCUACGACAUGGAGGAUGCCAUGAUCCUGAACAAGUCGGCGCACGAGCGCGGAUUCGGGUAUGGAACCGUGUACAAGAGCGAGACGGUGGAUCUGCGGGAUCUGCGGGGCAAGGCGGCGAGUGCGAGUGUGCCGACGCUGCACUUUGGAUUCGCGCCAAACUACCGGGCGUCGGAGGCGCAGCGUGCCAUUCUGGACCAGGACGGGCUACCGUACAUCGGACAGAAGGUGAUGGCGGGCGAGCCGAUCUGCGCUUACUGGGACGAGGUGAGCGGCAAGACGUCGUUCAAAAAGUUCAAGGGCGACGAGUACGCGUACGUGGAUACGGUGCGUCUGCUGGGCGCCGACGGCGGCUCCGGGGGUGGCGACAGCGAGUGCCAAAAGGUGCAGAUCAUGCUGCGCAUCACGCGCUCGCCGGUGAUCGGCGACAAGUUCUCCUCGCGCCACGGCCAGAAGGGUGUCUGCUCGCAAAAGUGGCCGGCGGUGGACAUGCCGUUUAGCGAGAGCGGGAUGCAGCCGGAUGUGAUCAUCAAUCCGCACGCGUUCCCGUCGCGCAUGACGAUCGGCAUGCUGAUCGAGAGCAUCGCAGGCAAGGCCGGAGCGAUGCACGGUCUGGCGCAGGACUCGACGCCCUUCACGUUCAGCGAGGACUUUACGCCGACGCAUUUCUUUGGCGAGCAGCUCAAGGCGGCGGGGUACAACCACGUGGGCAACGAGCCGAUGUACUCGGGCAUCACGGGGCAGGAGUUGCGUGCGGACAUCUACCUGGGCGUGGUGUACUACCAGCGUCUGAGGCACAUGGUGAACGACAAGUUCCAGGUGCGCACCACGGGUCCGGUGCACGCGCUGACGCGACAGCCGAUCAAGGGCCGAAAGCGCGCGGGCGGUAUUCGAUUCGGCGAGAUGGAGCGCGAUGCGCUGCUGGCGCACGGCACGUCGUACAUGCUGCAGGACCGACUGAUGAACUGUUCGGACUACUCGACCUCGUACGUCUGCCGCACGUGUGGUUCGCUGCUCUCGGUCGGCUUUGACCACUCGCACUCGGGUGCCGGCGGGGCCAUGUCGACGAUCGACGUGACUACGCAGGGCACCACGCCCGUGCUCGGUCCCAACGGCGAGUUCUGCCGCGUCUGCCGUGCGGAGGACGAGGUGCGUCGCCAGCAGGGUCUGGAACCGCUGCGUGGCAAGCGUCAGCCCAUCGGUGGCGCCGAGGCCACCAUCGGCAUCCCCGCACACAACGUCAUCAACAACGUUACCGGCGGCGACCUCGACGUGGUGGCGGUGCCGUACGUGCUCAAGUACCUUGUCGCCGAACUCGCCGCCAUGGGCAUCAAGAUGAGCUUUGCCCUGUCGCCCUAG